GAAUGAGCCACUACUGCAUAAUACUAGUACUAGUCGGAAAGCGCCACUGAGAAAGAAACUCACCCAGUAGGGGAUACCGAGAAUAGAAGAUUCCAUUGUUUCCCACGUAUCGGACCGAUCCAAAGGACGUGGGGAUCGUCAGACUGCUACCGCCACCGCCACCACCACCACCACCACCUCCAGCGCCCUCUCGAUCAGCUUGGUCUACAAAGCCAGCAGAAAUAAAAGUCCGAAGAUCGCGUUCCUCAUGGUCGCCAUCAUUUUCCUCGAUCUUGCGUAGCCUACCCGCUGCACCUGCUAACAAGAGCACAAAUACCCAUGCCGCUCGUGUCAACCACCACCUCAUCGACCGUAUUUUCGUCAACCAAUCGAUUGUUUCACCAACUUAUGAUCCGUUCAGGAGGUUGGAGGGAGGCGAAGAUGAUUCCGGCAACGGAAACCUUGUUUUUGUCCAGCAACCGGACAUCUAUCUUCCCACGGAACAAAGGAAGCGGAAUCAUGGAAAAGGAUAGGCGGAGAAAGAGUGCGUGCGGACUGACGUUGCUACCGUACGGUACCAGAAGGGGUACCGGUACAUCGUACCUGGUACACGUGCAGUACAACUGUAAUCCGGCACGACCAGUUUGACUGGAUCCAUCCAAUGACAACAGUCGCGAACAGCGUCGAAUGAUUGAAUGUCAUUCAAUCGAAUUUGUGAUGGCGCGACCAAACCCGUCAAGGACAAAAACUUUGCUCAACGUUUCAGGUAGCUAUGGUAAAUAUAAUGGAAUUAUCUAUUAGUUUUUACGUUCACCAAAGGAAUAUUGUUACCGCAUCUACCUGCUACGAAGCAGUCUUGCUCUGUUUUGUGUGUGCUUUGGAAACCGCUUGAGAGAAACCGUUGCUUUUUUCACCUGGAAAGAGGGCAAAGAGCACAACCCGUAAAGAAAGGAAGCCAUUCCAUUCAUCCAACACUUGUGAUUGAUAAUAAGAGAAGGUCAAGCCAUGAGCCACAACACUGCACCCAGCGGACACCGAGGCUCUGGUGUUAGUAUCUUGACUCGCCGUUCCAGCGUCGCCCUCAGGCGCAAGGAACAGUUACAUGUACCGGUAUUACUAGACAGCCCAGAUGCGGCGGUUGUUCCCGCCACCAAAGAGGAGGAAGAUCCUCUGACGGGUUUUUGGAUAUAUCCAGAGCUCAUGGAUAUCCUGGCACUGGUGGCGGCCAUGAGUUUAACAGUCAACACGACGUCGAUAUUCUCCUUUACAACAGAAGACAUUUCACCAGCCGACGAUCGAUACACAGAAUUCCUCGGGAGUUCCAUGUUCGACCCUCUACCCGUAUCCAGAGGCCUCAUGGUAUUCUCGGCACUCGGAACAUCGCUCAGCAGUCUCUCCUUGGUCAUGUCGGUGUGUGUGCGAAUCAUCUUGACCUAUGCUGUCAACACUAAUACAAGAUCUCGAAAACGAAGAUUUCUGCUGCAAUGGGCAAAUCCAAUGUCCGUCUUUGUGGUAAUUAUUUGGAACCUAGCCAUUGGGUGUUCGGCAGUGACGGUAUACUUUGUUGGAUGGGUUGUAUUCCCCCCAGAAAUUGCUCGUAGUGCUUUCCUGUUGGCUUGUGGCAUCGCCUUUAUGCUGGGUCUUUUGCUCCUCUUUGUGCUGGCCGUCUUCAUGGUUGUACGAUCCAUCCACCUGGACAAGGAAGACAGAGAGGAGAUACAGCGGGGAACAUCAAUCGUCAGAAGCAUGAUGGAUCCAAGUGCUACAGAACAAGAAUCAGCACGACAAUUGCAUGGAACCAGCACAAGAGGAUUUUCUCAAAGGGAUACCACGAAUCAUCAAGUUUCCGCGUCUGAUCUCUCGCUCUAGCUAGCAAUUAUAGACAAGCCGUGGUAGACAGGUCCAAAGAAUGCUGCUUCUUCUGAACAUCGUCACAGCACACACGUGUGUACCAGUACCCAGUAGAUCAACUUUAUUCAUUGUUCUCAAUAUCCGUUCCCAAAAUCCAAAACCAAAACAUGCACACGAUGCAGUAACUGUUGGAUUAGGUUAUGGGAUUCCAGGAUAGGAGGCCAGGCCCUAUGGGUUUUGCCCUCCAACAGAUAUGGUAGAUAACCAUAAUCUUUAUAGACUUUGGUUUUGUAUGC